AUGGAGGGGAUGAUCAAGUGUUCAGCUAAUUACGUCCCUUUGACUCCAAUCAGCUUUCUUGAACGCUCAGCGAUUGUUUACAGAGACAGAGUCUCUGUUGUCUAUGGUGAUAUCAAGUACACGUGGAAGGAGACUCAUGAGAGGUGCGUCAGACUCGCUUCUGCUCUUGCCCAUCUAGGAAUUUUCCCUGGUGAUGUGGUUGCUGCAUUAGCCCCAAAUAUUCCGGCAAUGUAUGAGCUACAUUUCUGUGUUCCAAUGGCCGGGGCAGUCUUGUGUACGCUCAAUGUCCGUCAUGAUUCUUCAACGGUGUCUGUCUUGCUGAAACAUUCAGAGGCCAAACUUAUUUUUGUAGACUACCAAUUUCUCCCAAUUGCUCAAGGAGCACUUGAGAUUCUCUCGGAGUCAAAAACCAAGCUGCCCCUUCUUGUCUUAAUCCCAGAGUGUGAUCAGUCGGCUGCCAUUUCCUCUCCUGGGAUCUUGGACUAUGAGAGUCUUUUGAAAAUGGGAAAAUUGGACUUCGAAAUUAGACGGCCAAAAGCUGAAUGGGAUCCCAUUUCGCUUAAUUAUACUUCAGGCACUACAUCAAGUCCAAAAGGUGUUAUCUAUAGCCAUAGAGGAGCUUAUCUUAAUUCUUUUGCUGCUGCUCUUCUAAAUGACAUGAGCUCAAUGCCUGUAUAUCUAUGGUGUGUCCCCAUGUUUCAUUGCAAUGGUUGGUGUCUUACUUGGGCAGUGGCUGCACAAGGUGGUACAAAUGUUUGCCAGAGAAAUGUCACUGCAAAAAACGUUUUCGAAAAUAUUGCUCGGCACAAGGUUACUCACAUGGGCGGGGCACCAACUGUUCUGAACAUGAUAAUAAAUGCGUCAGCUAGUGACAGAAGGCCUCUUCCAGGAAAAGUAGCAGUCAUGACAGGAGGUGCACCGCCACCAUCUCAUGUGCUAUACAAGAUGGAGGAAUUAGGAUUUCACGUGACUCAUUCUUAUGGUUUGACAGAAACCUAUGGUCCUGGCACAGUUUGCACAUGGAAACCUGAAUGGGCUUCCCUAACUCGAGAGGGUCAAGCAAAGAUCAAGGCUCGUCAAGGGGUGCAGCAUCUUGGCUUGGAGGAACUUGAUAUAAAAGAUCCUGUUACCAUGACAAGUAUACCUGCAGAUGCAAAAACCAUGGGUGAGGUUAUGUUUAGAGGCAAUACUGUGAUGAAUGGAUAUUUGAAAAAUUUGGAAGCAACAAAAGAUGCAUUCAAUGGUGGAUGGUUUAGGAGUGGGGAUUUAGGGGUGAAACAUCCUGAUGGUUACAUAGAGCUAAAGGAUCGAUCCAAGGACAUUAUAAUUUCUGGGGGCGAAAACAUUAGCACAAUUGAGGUAGAGUCUGUACUUUAUAGUCAUCAUGCAGUUCUGGAAGCAGCUGUAGUAGGAAGACCUGAUGAUUACUGGGGAGAAACACCUUGUGCAUUUGUUAAGUUGAAGGAUGGAUGUACUGCCAAUCCUGAGGAACUUAUCAAAUUUUGUAGAGAUCACUUGCCUCGUUACAUGGCACCUCGAACUGUUGUGUUUCAGGAAUUGCCAAAGACUUCAACUGGAAAGGUACAAAAAUAUAUCCUCAAGAAGAAGGCCAAGGCCAUGGGAAGCAUUUCAAAGGGAAACCCUAGUAAAUUGUAA